AUGAGCUCGUUGCUGCCUGUCGACGAAGAGCUCGAGCAGGAGAAGGAGGAAAAGGAGGAGAAGCCUGGGUUAUUGGAGGAGGAGGAGGAAGACGACGAUGCAGAGGUGACGCCGAAUGAAGGCGCAGAGGACACCAUCACCAUUAUGGCGCAUGUGCGGGACAAGAUCAUCCCGGUGCACUGCGGUUUCGGCACGCAGCAAGUGGUGUGGCUGGGUCACGUGGCCAUCGCUCGCUAUGACGAGGAGGGCCAGGCGCAGGGGUGGAUGAAGCUGGGCAUCCCCACGAAGAUCAUCAAAGACGGCAAGCGCGAGCUUGGGCUCACGGACGUGAUCUGCGACGUGUUACAGGACAGAAACCACGUCUACAUCUCCACUUCACUAGGGUGA